CUCACCUGUGUUCACACCUGUGUUGAUGACUCUGUGUAUGUAGUUCCUCUGUUUCCCUGACCUUUGUUGGAACAUUGUUCGUCUUCUCUCUGUGUUUCUUUUCUUGUGAUCCCUGUGUUUUAUUUGGAUUUAUGUUUUUAGGAGAUGUAGACAGAGGAAGCAGGGUGAACUCAGGAAGUGCAACAACAAAGAGGAACUAACAGCAGAAGAAGAGCUGUCACAGAUCGGGAGAAUCGAAGGUGGGUGGUUGGAAAACAGUGGGAAGAGAAAAGGACUUAUGAUGGCUGACAUAAGUAUGAGGACGAUUUCUCUCGUUGUGAUCUUUCUUUUGGGAGGUUUAUGGGAGACUGCAGCUCUAACAGGAGAUUCAGGAGGUGAGAUAAAGAUAAAAUGCUCUCAUUCCUACGCUUCAACAAACGUCAAAUAUUUCUGCAGGGGAGCCUGCUAUGAUAAAGACGUCCUAAUAAGUAGCAGGAAGAAGAAGAAGGAUUCAAAUGGAAGAUACAGCAUCAGCGAUGAAGGGAACACCUUCUUUGUGACCAUAUCUAGUCUGACAGAGGGGGACUCUGGGAUCUACUGGUGUGGAGUAGAUAGAGUCGGUGCGGACACGUACAUUCAAGUAGACCUCACAGUUAAACGGGGGAUUGAAGAAAAUGGCCUGAAAUCUAAUACAUCUUCAAAGACUCUGGUGUAUAUCGGAGCAGGUCUCGGGGUGGUCGUGCUUGCUCUGGCGAUUGCUCUUCUAAUAUUCUUCAGACGUCGAAACAGAGACGCCGGGGCAUCCUCUGCAAAGGUCCAGGAGACAAUCUACGCAACAGUGUCUGGAGACACCACUACUUCCCCUUCAACCACCAACGCGACUCAGAAGACAGCUGACUCCAGCAAAGACCCCCCAAGUACCAUUUACACCAACAUCACCCUGUCCGCUGAGCCUCAGGUCGGAUCAGACGGUCUGUUUUACUCCAGUGUGAGCUUCAACAAACACACAGACUGCAGCACGGUGACGCAACGCACCGCCGAGGUUACGUACUCCGCCAUCGAACCCAAACCUGAGGAUGCAUCAGUCUAUUCCAACGUCAGUCAGUGAUUUAUCUUUACUGUUGCCAGCAGUAAAUUUACGUGUAUGUGAAGGUUAACUGUUUCAGAAUUCAGAUGUUGUAAUUAAUAUUUUUCAUAUUUCUUCAUUUAUUUAUAUUUUAAACUCUCUCCUUAAAAAAUCGUUCAAAAUAUUAUAAAUGUUGACUUUACCCCAAUAAAAAG